AAUUGUUAAAACUUUUUUUGUUGACAUCAAUUGUUGAGAUUAUAAAUAUGAAAUAAAUAUGUAGGUAUGGAAGACGACGCUUUAGCUUCCGCCGAUGAAAAUCAUAUCGGAGAUGGUGACGUUCCUCAAAUUACCGGAGGUCCAGAUGUCGAUGAGUCGCAAUCAUCUCAUCAGAUCAAUGUCGUCGCAACUGAAGAUGAUUCUGGUGUUGAGAACAAGUCUCAGGGAAGUGAGGUGCUGUUGGAAGAAACAAUCAAAACAGUUACAAAUAACAAUCCUUUGGAAAGUGAUUUGAUUGAAUUGUUCGAGGGAGCUAAGAAGGCAGCCGAUGCGGCGGCUCGCGAGGGUGUUGCUUCCUCAGGUCCUGAGGUUUCUCAAUGUCUCGAUGCCCUUAAACUACUCAAGAAGUUUCCUGUCACAUACGAUACGCUGUUGCGACUCAGAUUGGAGGGUUUUCUGGGGGAAGUUAUAUUCUUUACUUGCUUCCAGGUAGGAAAGAAGCUGAGGUCUCUUGCUAAACACCCUAUUGAGGAUAUCAAAAGCGUAGCUACUGAUCUACUUGAGAUAUGGAAGAAAGUUGUCAUUGAAGAGACAGCCAAGGCUAAGAAAACCGAAGGCAAUAACGGUUGUAAAGCUGAAACUGUCAUAGAGGCUAAGGUGGAUAAGAUGGAUGUUGAUAAGCCUUCAAAUCCCGCUCCUGUUAAAGUUCAGAAACUUCAGAGGGGUGAUUCGGCUAAGAGUAUCAAGGUUGAGAGAAAGGAACCAGACAAUAAAGGCGUUACCGGUGGCAAGAUAGAGAGAAAAGAACCAGACAACAAAGUCACUAAUGGAACCAAGAUAGAUUAUCGUGGUCAGGCUGUUAAGGAUGAAAAGGUCUCAAAGGACAACCAAUCAAGUAUGAAAGCUCCAGCUAAGGCACCUAAUGCUCCUCCAAAACUAACUGCAAUGCUCAAAUGCAAUGAUCUUGUGCGUGACAAAAUCCGUGAGUUGCUUGUAGAUGCGUUGUGCAGGGUUGCUGGAGAAGCUGAUGACUAUGAGAGAAAGUCAGUAAAUGCUAGUGAUCCACUCCGUGUUGCUGUCUCAGUGGAAUCACUGAUGUUUGAGAAAUUGGGUCGCUCAACUGGAGCUCAGAAGCUUAAGUACAGAUCUAUUAUGUUCAACCUGAGGGACGCAAAAGCAUCUACCGACCAGUUCAAGUGCGGGCGGUGUGGUCAGCGCAAAUGCACCUACUAUCAGAUGCAAACAAGAAGUACUGAUGAGCCAAUGACGACUUAUGUUACAUGUGUUAACUGUGACAACCGCUGGAAGUUCUGUUAAGGAGAUCUCUGUGUGUCUUUCUAUUUCAUGAGACCAUGUUAAGACAUAGAGGCUCUGAUUGAUUAAUCAGGAGCUUCAUGUCCCUUUGCCAUCAUUCCGUGAAUGUUCCGGCUCCGAUGUUUGUUUUA